AUGACCUUGGCGUGGAGAGCUGGAAGAGUCUGGGCGCGACAAUGCUUACCGUCAGCAAGGUCCGCCCUCUUCGAGCAACAACCCAUCCUCCGCCGCGCAUUCGCUUCGACCGCAAAACCAACGCCAGCCGAGCUUGAAGCACGAAUUGCCGCCAUCCCCAUAGAGCGCUAUCGAAACUUUUGCAUCGUGGCACAUAUUGACCAUGGGAAGAGCACGCUGAGUGAUCGAUUGUUGGAGCAUACUGGCACAAUAUCGCCGAGUGAUGCAAACAAGCAGAUUUUGGACAAGCUGGACGUCGAGCGCGAACGCGGAAUUACGGUCAAGGCGCAAACAUGCACAAUGUUGUACAAAUAUCGCGGAGAAGACUAUUUGCUUCAUUUGGUUGAUACGCCCGGCCACGUCGACUUCCGCGCCGAAGUGACUCGAUCAUAUGCUAGUUGUGGCGGAGCCCUGCUUCUUAUUGAUGCAAGUCAGGGUAUUCAAGCGCAGACCGUGUCCAACUUCCACCUUGCUUUCGCGCAGGACCUGGCUCUUGUUCCGGUUAUUAAUAAGAUCGACAUGCCUUCGGCAGACGUUCCCCGAGUCUUGGACCAGAUGGAAACUAGCUUUGAACUGAAUCCCAAGGAUGCCAUACUAGUAAGCGCCAAAACAGGCAAAGGAGUCCCGGAGAUUCUACCGGCUGUGAUUGAGAAAAUACCCCAUCCUAUUGGCGACGAAAACCUGCCACUCAAGUUCCUGCUUGUGGAUUCGUGGUAUGACAAUUUCCGAGGCGUGGUCCUACUCGUACGAGUAUUCAAUGGCACGAUACGGGCUGGGGAUAACGUGGUCUCCAUGGGCACAGGCAUGAAGUACACAGUUGGACAGGUCGGCAUACAGUACCCCGAUGGAACGCCACAAAAAGUCCUCCGAGCCGGUCAAGUUGGCUACGUGUAUUUUAAUCCGGGCAUGAAGAGAAUACAGGAUGCUAAGCUUGGCGAUACCUUUACGACGGUUGGCUGUGAGAAUGCUGUUGAACCUUGUCCGGGCUUUGAAGAGCCUAAGCCCAUGGUUUUUGUUGCUGCAUUCCCUACCGACCAAAGUGACUAUACUCGUUUGGCGGACAGCAUUAAUCAGCUUGUGCUGAAUGACCGAAGUGUCACGCUACAAAAGGACUUCUCAGAGGCUCUGGGGUCGGGUUGGCGGUUAGGAUUUCUCGGCAGUUUACAUUGUUCAGUGUUUCAGGAUCGCCUGAAGCAAGAGCAUGGCCGAAGCAUCAUCAUUACCGAGCCUACUGUCCCAACAAAAGUUAUUUGGCCGGAUGGAUCAGAAGAGAUAAUUCAGAACCCAGCCUUGUUUCCAGACGCAACUGACCACCGGAUUCGAAUGUCCCAGACACUCGAACCAUAUGUCAAGGCAACCAUGACGCUCCCGCACGAAUAUCUCGGACGAGUAAUUGAACUUUGUGAAGCAAAUCGCGGCGAACAGCAGAGUCUAGAGUUCUUUCACACAACGCAGGUUAUCUUGGUGUACAACAUACCAUCCGCGCAGCUGGUGGAAGACUUCUUUGGCAAGCUGAAGGGCGCUACCAAGGGAUAUGCCACGCUGGACUAUGAAGACGCCGGCUGGCGGGAGAGCAAACUCGCCAAGAUCCAACUCCUCGUCAACAAGCAGCCCGUCGACGCAAUCUGCCGUGUUGUACACGGUUCGCAGGCCGACCGUAUUGGCAGACAAUGGGUCACCAAGUUCAAACAGCAUGUCGACAGGCAAAUGUUUGAGGUCGUUAUCCAAGCAGCAGUCGGCAACAAGAUUAUAGCCCGCGAAACAAUCAAGCCUUUCCGCAAGGACGUCCUCGCCAAACUGCACGCCAGCGACAUCACGCGGCGGAGAAAGUUACUCGAGAAGCAAAAGGAAGGUCGAAAGAGGCUACGAGCCCACUGCAUCAGUUGUCCUUGA